UCCUCCCGGAAGGGAAGCGCGGGGCGGGGGGCUCUCCCCCCCCACGACCCCCCCGUUUCCCCCCAUCGCAGCCCCCCGUUGCGGCGGGGCACGUCGAUGCUGCACACUCCCCAGGGGGUGUCAGUGGGGGGGGGGACACCCCGCAGCCCCCAGUACCGGGAAGGGGUGGGAAACCCCAAAUCCCCCCCGGCAGCACCUGGUUGCGAUGGGCGCAGCGGCGCUGUGCGGGGUGCCCCGUGUUUUUGUUUGGUGUUGAAGUUGAGGCCGUAGGAUCUCGGCUCAUCCCGGGGCCCGGCCGGGCGCCCCCCGCCCCCCCCUGACCCCCCGCCAUGCGUAGGGACAUGAACGGCGUCACCAAGAGCCGCUUCGAGAUGUUCUCGAAUAACGAUGAAGCUGUGAUCAACAAGAAGCUUCCCAAAGAGCUGCUGCUGAGGAUUUUCUCCUUCCUGGAUGUGGUCACUCUGUGUCGCUGUGCUCAGGUCUCCAGGGCAUGGAAUGUUCUGGCCCUGGAUGGCAGUAACUGGCAGCGAAUUGACCUGUUUGAUUUCCAGAGGGAUAUCGAGGGCCGAGUGGUGGAGAACAUCUCCAAGAGAUGCGGGGGGUUCCUGAGGAAGCUGAGCCUGCGUGGCUGCCAAGGAGUGGGAGACAACGCACUGAGGACGUUUGCACAGAACUGCAGGAACAUUGAAGUGCUGAACCUGAAUGGCUGCACCAAAAUCACAGACGCCACUUGCACCAGCCUCAGUAAGUUCUGCUCCAAGCUCCGGCACCUCGAUCUGGCAUCCUGCACCUCCAUCACCAACCUGUCCCUGAAGGCACUCAGCGAGGGCUGCCCACUGCUGGAGCAGCUCAACAUCUCCUGGUGCGACCAAGUGACCAAGGAUGGUGUCCAGGCACUAGUGAGGGGCUGUGGGGGCCUCAAAGCGCUGUCCCUGAAGGGCUGCACACAGCUCGAGGACGAAGCUCUCAAAUACAUCGGUGCAAACUGUCCUGAAUUGGUGACAUUAAACCUCCAGACGUGCUUACAAAUAACAGAUGAUGGUCUCAUUACAAUAUGCAGAGGAUGCCACAAGCUGCAGUCGCUGUGCGCCUCGGGCUGCUGCAACAUUACAGAUGCCAUCCUGAAUGCCCUGGGACAGAACUGCCCGAGGCUCAGAAUAUUAGAAGUCGCCAGGUGCUCCCAGCUGACAGAUGUGGGCUUCACAACACUGGCCAGGAACUGCCACGAGCUUGAAAAAAUGGACCUGGAGGAGUGUGUGCAGAUAACAGACAGCACGUUAAUCCAGCUCUCCAUACACUGUCCGCGGCUCCAGGUUCUGAGUUUGUCCCAUUGCGAGCUGAUCACGGACGAUGGCAUCCGCCACCUGGGGAACGGAGCCUGUGCCCACGACCGUCUGGAGGUGAUCGAGUUGGACAACUGCCCCCUGAUCACUGAUGCUUCCCUGGAGCACCUGAAGAGCUGCCACAGCCUGGAGAGGAUAGAGCUGUACGACUGCCAGCAGAUCACGCGGGCAGGGAUCAAGAGACUCAGGACCCAUUUACCCAACAUUAAAGUCCAUGCCUACUUUGCACCGGUGACACCACCUCCAUCGGUCGGGGGCAGCCGACAGCGCUUCUGCAGAUGUUGCAUCAUCCUAUGACACUGGAAGCAGCAGCCAACCCUGCAAACUGAGUAUUUAAUUACACCUCUAGAGCGACGGCGGACAGCUGUACCUUCCAGGAGGGCGAUGCAGUGUUCAUUUGCAAGGGGCAGCCCCAAAAGGCAGCGGUGCCGGCCCCUGUAGCCACCCAUAUACAUCCAUAUACAAACCCUACCCGUUCCAGCAGACGGAUGAACUCUGUGCUCUGGGGCUGGAGCUCUGUUGGCUUUUCUCUGUAGGUGGAUUGGUAUCAUUGUGAACCAUAUUCCUGCUGGGCAUGCUCAGAAGAAGUCAUUGCGGUGAGGAGGGGGAGGUGUUGGCAAAACCCGAAACGACUGUUUGCUGCUGUAGAGGUUUAGAGAAGGAAUCGCAAGCCUUGGAAAAUAGGGAGAGUAAAGGACGGGCUUUAUCCCUGCAUCCAUCACCCAGGUGGAAAAGAGAAACAAACUGACCUCCUCCAAGCUGUGCAUCCAUUUCUGAGCGAGGGGAUGGAGGAGCAGCAGUGAGCUGUGAGCUCCAUUGCUCCCAUCCCUGCAGACCCCCUGGGCAUGCUCAACAUCAGGAGGUUCAUCUGUUGCUUCUAUGUCCCGUAGCGUCCAGCUCAGAGGCCCCAUAGGAGGUUGUGCUGUAGCUCGGGAUCUGUGCUACCAGGCUCUGCUUUCACCCUCCUCACACCCCAGGUUUUUGGGUGGUGUCUUUUGUUUCUUUCUCCUCUUCUUCCUGAUGGUCAGUCGGUGAUUUUGGAGAUUUACCAAAGCAAAAGAAAACAACAAAAAAUUGAUUUCACCCAUUGAAAUUUACAGCAAAGCCUUUCCUUUUGAACUGCUGGCAGCCUGAGCCUGCAAUGGGGCUGAUGGAAAAACUGAUUGGGAUUCCAGGUUUUCUCCCAUUGAUGAGAGCGGAACUCUUUGCUAUAGGGGACAAGCUAUAGGCUCUGCUCCAGCGCUGCUUCUGCUGUCCUUUCCCUCCAACCCCCCCUUUCCCAUAAGGAAAAUAAACACAGAACCUUUUUGCUGGUUAUCCCUGGUUGAGAGCUGCUGCCUCACUGGAGCAGGAGGAGCAGCAGGGUCUGUCCUGUUGUGCAGCAGAGCUGGGCUGUUGUAUUGCCCACAGGUAAGUGCUGCCCUUGGAGGUGGUGGGGCUGCACUGUGCCCCCCACAGCAGUCAGGAAUACAGGGGUGCCAUGGGGCAGAGCGUGGUCAGAGCAGAGCAGGUUGGUGGGGAUGAGCUGAAGGAUCCAUCACAGCUCUGUUCCUUCUGCCUGCACCCCAGGAUGGAAGGAGGGGGCACGUUUAUGGGAUGGAUCCCAGCUGAGAGGGGCAGCACUUCACCUUCCUGCUGCAGUCUGAUAUGGGAGAGCUGCCUGUGUGGCCAUGGGGAUGCAGCUCUUGGUUGUGGGUUUGCCCUGAGGACAAAGCCACCCCAAUGGCCAUACAGCAGCUGUCUCCCCUUCCCCUCCAUCUCAGCUUCCCCAACCCAUCAGUGUAGGUUUAACCUCUGGCAGAUGCACUGACUGGUGGGAGGAUAUCCAACGUAUGCUGUGUUUAAAAGGAUACUGUCAAUUCCUUUAUCCUAUAGAUGGCUUUCAAUGCAUUCUAUUUAUUCAAACCCCUGGGAUUCUCUCUCCUCGGUGAGCAUGCUCCUAUAGUUCACCUGCACAACUCCUUGCUCUGGUUGGCAGAUGAUGGGUCCCACCAGCGAUGGGUGUUUGUUUGCACAGGAGCCAAAGCUGAUUUAUGAGGCAGGGUGAUGCUGAUGGACUGAUGUCUUUUAACAGAUUUGAGUUGAAGAGGUAACUCAAGAGUAUAGAACCCAAAGCUUUGUUUGUUUUCAAACAGGGUAACAGCGUAAGGUAGCUCAAACUACUUGACAGUGUCCUUUUAAGUCAAUUAUCCGUCUCUGAAUGGACUCUUCCUUAUGUUUGUAUUUAUAAAUAAAUACCAAUAAAGACCAUUUUCCAA